CUUUCUUGAUAAAAGAAGAACAUACAGAGGAAGAGAAAAGUAAAAAAAUGCUAUCAGGAAAGUCAGCCGCAGAGAGGGCGGACCGACGAGCAGCCAAGACUCAGUCGCUCUAUAUCGCUACUCCGACCUCCAAUUCCCUCAACAACAAUACUCUCACGACUGGGGCCCAUUCAGCCUUUCUUCCACAUAAUAACAAUAGCAACAAUAUCAAUAAUAACAACAGCAAUAGCAAUCCCAAUGGAUAUUCUGGACAACAACAACAACAACAGCAACAGCAACAGCCAUCGUCUCCUUUCAAUUUCAAUACCACGGGUAGUUCUGCUUUAAAGUCACCAAAGAAAUCAAGACCUUUCUCAAUGCUCUUUCUUCAACCUCAGGAUGAACAAGCUAGACUUCAACAACAACAACAACAACAAUAUCAAUCACAACCACAGAAUCCUCAACAAUUGAAUGAUGGAUUUGAUCUGGAUUAUCAACAGCAACAACAGCAGACUAUCAAUGAAUCAGAUGAAGACGCACUCGUGGAUGGACAAUCACUUAGUUCUGUCGUAUUAGAAUAUGGAGAAAGUGAUCUCAAAGAUGUGGAUUCGGAAACUCGAAAGCUCAUUGAACAUUUGACGGAUCUCGACUCUGGUCUACCUAUUCUGCUGGAACGAGUCAAGCAAAACCUUCACUCCUGCAAGGAUAUGAUUUCGUUCCUAAAGAAACGUUCAGUCAUGGAAGCAGAAUAUGGUACCAACAUCCUCAAGUUGGCCACCGGAUUCCGAGAUACUUAUCGUCAACAGGCCGAAAACCAGGCCCAUACAAAACAAGGAUCCUUUGGUGAUUGUUGGAUCCAUAUUCUGGAAAUGCAUGAACGUUUAGGAAACAACCGACUCGAGUUCUCUAGAGAUUUGCAGAACCUCUCGGAUGAACUGUCAGCAAUAUACAAGGAAACAGAUAAAAGUCGGAAGCAGUUCAAGGAAGCAGGCUCAAAGCAGGAGAGGAUUGUUCAAGAACAUGAACAGAAUUUGGAAAAGGCGAAACAAAAGUAUGACUCCCUCACCGAGGAAUGGGAACGUGCUAUUCUUCAAAAAGUGGGUGACCCGGCUGCAGCCAAAAAGACCAUGACCAAGGGCAUGAACAUUUUCCGGCAACCAAAGACUGUUGGCCAGCUCAAUAAGCAGGAAGAAGAAGCUAAAAACAAAGCGACUACCGCACAUGAACAAUACAAAGCUCAACUGGCUCGGACAAAUGACGCCAGACAGUACUACUAUUCUAACAUGCUCCCUAGUAUAUUAAAGAAUUUGAAAGACACAAUUGACGAGUCAGAUCUAUCACUUCAAUACUACUUAACACGUUAUGGAUACAUGUACGAGGACUAUAUGAUGAAGGACGCUGUUAUCUUGAAUCCAAUCAACGAAAACGAUAUGGGUAUGCGUGAUCGUAUCAACACGAUCAACAGGGAGACGGACCUCCAAGUGUUUAUUCAAGCUUAUUCAGCAAAGGCAACCCCUGUGGUCAGAUCUGCAGCUCCAUACCAGGAAUACCUUAUGUCUGCACAGGCACAGGCGAUCAUCAACCCGAAACCUAUCUUUGGCGUUGAUCUUGCUGAACAAUUGAUUAGAGACGAAGCAGAUUUACCAGAGAUUGUAGUCAAAUGCACACAGGCAAUCGAGCAGUUUGGCAUGGACACAAAAGGAAUUUACCGUGUUUCAGGAAUCACCUCUGCUACUAACAGGCUACGAUCAGCAUUCGACCGUGAUUGCUCUGCUGUGGAUUUGAGUACUGAAGAGAAUUGUGGCGAUAUCAAUAGCGUGGCAAGUGUGCUCAAAUCCUGGUUCCGUGAACUUCCAGAUCCUUUGCUGACACGGAAACUUUAUCCAGACUUUAUCAAGGCCGCUAGUAUUGAGGAUCCAGACUUACAGUUGAUGAACCUUCAUCAGGUCACUAAUCAACUUCCAGAUCCCAAUUAUGCUACUCUUAAGUUUUUGAUGUGCCAUUUGAACAGAGUCCAAGCGAAUUCAGCGGUCAAUAUGAUGGGUCCCUCGAAUCUGGGGCUGAUCUUUGGUCCAACUCUCUCGAGUGGUGGUACUGAUGCAGUCAAUGAACUAGCCGAUAUGGGUCUACAAUGUCGUAUUAUUGAAACGCUAUUAGCCAAUUACGGUGCGAUUUUCGAUUUUGAUGAGGAGGAAGAAGUAGAUGAAGCCACGUUGGCACAGCAACAUCAACAUCAGGAUUACCAUCAUCAGGAAUAUCAUGGAGCAGAUCCUGAAGAAGUUUACUCAGAGGUACACGACCUUCAUCAUCAUCAUCAACAACAGCAACAACAACAUUCUCAUCAUUUUAAUGAGUAUGAGGAGCAUCAUAUGAUGAAUGAUCAUGAACUGCCUCAGCAGCAUCAACACUAUGAUGAAUAUGGUCUUCCGAUCCAUCCUGCAAACAUUUAUGGAGAUGAAUAUGCUGGUGGAGAUCGAAUGGUGCCAGUAGCAGAAGAAGACGAGACAGAAGCUGUUCAUAAUUAUAGAUCAUCCUCACAACCACACGACUUUCAUCAUCAUCACCACCAACAACGCCAUCAUCCGCAUCCGCAUCCGCAUCAUCAACAGCACCACCAUAGCAACAUCAACAAAUAUGAUAGAGCUGCUUCUAGUGAAUUUGAAUGAGCACC